AUGGCCUCAUCUCAGAGCGUUCAAUGCUUCGGCAAGAAGAAGACAGCCACCGCCGUCGCCCACUGCAAGGCUGGCAAAGGUCUUGUCAAGGUUAACGGCAAGCCCCUCAACCUGGUUCAGCCAGAAAUCUUGCGAUUCAAGGUCUACGAGCCUCUCCUCAUCGUUGGUCUCGAGAAGUUCGCCGGCGUUGAUAUCCGUGUCCGAGUCACUGGUGGUGGACACACAUCUCAGGUCUACGCCAUCCGUCAAGCCAUCAGCAAAUCAAUCGUCGCAUACUACCAGAAGUUCGUUGACGAGCACUCGAAGAACGCCCUGAAGCAGUCCCUCGUCCAAUACGACCGAACCCUGUUGGUUGCAGACAACAGACGUUGCGAGCCCAAGAAGUUUGGAGGUCCCGGAGCCAGAGCAAGAUACCAAAAGUCUUACCGUUAA